AUGAAAGGAGCAGAGGCGGAACAAAGAGAAGAAACAAAAGAAGGAAUUUCUACUAUCUUCUUUCCAAGAUACCUUUUCCUCUUCGGACCGUUGCGGCCUAAAGAAUACAGACCGCAGCACCUUUGGGGCAGGAAGGGGGCACGGCGCCGCUUCCGCCCCGAGGCCGCAGCACCCGGGUCCCGCCGCCCCGGCAGGGCCCUCCGCGGGGCCAGCGCCGCCCGGAAGAAGUCAGCGCUCCGCCGUCGGUUUCCUGCGCAGCCGGACGCGGCGCCAUCAAAUCAGCUCAGCGCUCACAUCUCCCGCGUGUCGGAGCCCGAACCCGGGGAGGGGGCGGCGAGGCCGGAGGGGCGCGCGGUGAUGGGGGGCUGCCCCCCAGCCAACUGUCUGUCCCGGGAGCCAGACGGACAGACGGCAGCUGCCGCGUGUCCCGGCCCCGCUCCUGCUCCAUCCCCGCGCCCGCGCCCCCGCCUCCGCCCGCGCCACCGCACCGGGACCGCGGCGACGUCGCCUCAGCGGCCACCCCACGCACGGCCCAGCGCUGCGCCCGGUGUCCUCGAGGGGCCCGGCCUGCGCGGGCAGGCGGCCCCCCAACGCCACCUCUCUUCCCCGCCAGAUGGGGCCCGAGGCCCCGAGGCCCCAAGGCGGGGGCGGGCCGCAGCUGGCGGGCGACCUCGGGGACUGCAGGCGGGAGGCCCGCGGGCACGAGGGGGCUGUGGGCGGGAACCGGCUCCAGGACAGGCCGGCUCGGGCCGGAGCAGCCAUCUUCCGGCGCGCGGCUCUGCAACCUCCCACCCCGGGCCGCGCCUGCUUGCGGGGCCGCCGCCUCCACGCAGCAGCAGCUCAGCGCCGUGGGCCGCUUCUGCGCAAGACGGCCAGUCCCCACGCGAGCUGUCCCCGCACUCGGAGGGCGACCCCGCUGGUGGGAGCUCCCCCAGCAGCCGUCCCCAGGUCCCACCCGGGGAGAACGGGCCCCCAACGGCCGCCCCAGCUUCACGCAGGUGA